GACAACAAAUGCCGCUUUCUUGCCCCUAAUAUCUCAUGAAUUGAACUAAAACUGUAAUCUAGCAUCCGCGUUUUCCGUGUUAUGUUAACCGGAAUGUUCUUGCGUGACACCGGUCCUCAUCGGCUUGUAAAAUAGUUCAAAAUAAUUGUUUUGUAGAGAGAUUUGUUGUGUUUAGCUUCGUGUUUUAGCAGUAGCUUUGGAGCUGUGAUGGCUGGUACCGUGUUGGCCGUGGGGACAGGGGUCGUGGUCAUUGCAGUAGUCUGGAUAGCAGCGCUGGUGAUGGGGAUAAUGCUGCUCAGAGCGUCGGGGGCUGCCAGGUUGGGAGUUAUCCCAGUAUUCCUGCUGGCUCUGACAAUCACUCUGGCGCUGGUGUUCUUCCCCCGCAGUCCGGAGACCCCUCCUCCUUUCAAAGAGAUAGAGAUCGUGGACACGUUGUUCAUCGGGCGUUUCGUUAUGCUGGCUGUGGCUGGACUCGUCUUUCUGUUCGGGCUCUUCCUGCUCGUCCCGUUUCACCUCCUGGAGCCUGUCUAUGCCAAAGAGCUCAGAACACAGUAGAGAGAGGCCUGGGAACAGGGGCGGUGCCAGGGGGCGGGGCUUGAGCUCAGAACGCACAAGAGAGAGAGCAAGACAGAGAGAGAGAGAGGCCUGGGAACCAAUGAAACAGUCAGAGAGUCAUAGGAACUACUGGAAGAAACAAAAUACAAGACUACAAAAUAUGAAC